GUGGGGACCAUGGAGACCCAGAGGGCCAGCCUCUCCCUGGGACGGUGGUCACUGUGGCUACUGCUGCUGGGACUAGUGCUUCCCUUGGCCAGCGCCCAGGCCUCCAGCUACAGGGAGGCCGUGCUUCGUGCUGUGGAUCAGCUCAAUGAGAAGUCCUCAGAAGCUAAUCUCUACCGACUCCUGGAGCUAGACCCGCCUCCCGAGGAGGAUGAUGAGAACCCAAAUGUCCCGAAGCCUGUGAGCUUCAGGGUGAAGGAGACCGUGUGCCCCAGGACGAGCCAGCAGCCCCCGGAGCAGUGCGACUUCAAGGAGAAUGGGCUGCUGAAAGAGUGUGUGGGGACAGUCACCCUGGACCAGGUCGGGAGCAACUUUGACAUCACCUGUGCUGUGCCCCAGAGUGUCGGGGGACUUCGGAGGCUGGUUAAGAACAUAGCACGUGGUUGGAAGAGGUAUGGCCCAAUUAUUGUCCCAAUAAUCAGAUUAAUUGGGUGAAUUAUGGGCCCAGGAAAGAGUCCUAAGGGUCUGCCGGCCCUGGUAAAGACUUCUGGACUCCGAGAAAUAAACUCUUGUGAGAACAA